GUCGUACCCCGUUCAUUACUUGUUUAUUACUCCUCCUGGAGAACCGCGAUUGCAAUUCCAGAAGAUCCAAUGUCUUCUUUACCGUCUCUUCUGUUGGAGCCUGGCUGAUCACGAUCUCUUGGAGCUUGUCCGGAUCGCAAUUCCCAUGGCCCCGGGGCCCGAGUGUCUUGAAGGCUCCAUGGCCGCCCCGGUCCGGGAUCCGACGGAGAUAGAUAUGUAGCCUACGGUAUGCACCACUUGGGUCCAUACGGUACGGGGACCUCCAGCAGCGGUGUCAUUUCCAAGGAAACGCCAUCUCAUUGGGGAUGAGAACGAGGUAUCCGGGAACUCUGCAUUCCAAACAACAACAAAGACAUGAGGCCGAGAUACGCAACACUGAUCAUCAUCUUGUUUCGCCAAGCAGGUAUCCCGUCUCCUUUUCUUGAGCCUGACAUGGACAUCUAGUGCUCUCCUCCAGGCGCCCGCUAUUUGUUCCCUGCGCCGCGCGAAUGGCUUGCGUAUGCAUCGCACUUUAACAUGUCAGCCUUGUCAGACGUUGAGACGGCAUUCCCGGCAAGGAUGAUCACGAUUCGCACUUUCAGUGAUCUAAAAGGAGCAUCAACAUCGGCGGUUUUUAGUCUGUGUCUGGAUUCAUACACAAAUCUACGAGAAACAACCGCCAAGCGAGGCGACGAGUUCCGCACGCUCGGACAUGGCGCGGCUGGUCCAUUUGAUCAUCAAUGCGUGUGUUCCAGCGCGGUGGGUAUCGAUGACUGUGGGCCAGGCAGUAGCAUUGUGAGCGGGAUUCCGUUUGACGACAACAAGCUCGAGUAUACGUGGACGGCAGACAACACGCAACAUCAAGGACCACUCCGGACCACCCCCCGCGUUCGACGUUGACGAUAUCAGAAGACUAUUCGAGCCUUUUUCAAAUGUCAAGUGAUGACGCUUUGGCCUUGAAGGGGCCAUUCUCCAACACAACCUGAAGUCCUGCUGAACGCUCAUGGUCAAUGCGACCUUUUUCCAAACAGUCACCAGCCUUCUUGUUGACCCUUUCGUCGUCAUUUUCAGGCAAUCCUCCAGAACCAACACUCGAAAUGUUGUGAUCACUCAGGCAACUCAGGUCAUGUCAGCCUGUCCCGUCGUCUGUUCGCCCUGUCGUAGUAGUUGUCUCCCCCGCAAGAGCGACGGACGGUUUGGAGCAACAAGGGAACGCCGAGGGGCUAUACUAGGUGGGGCAGCGGCUGCCCACGCCCCACUAUCCUCAUCGUGGGUUCCUUGACUUGUGAAAGGGUGAGGAGGAGGGGCAGCGCACAGAUCAUUUCAGCUCAGGAAGCUACCUACUUAUUAAAGCACAAUGAAGCUUGGACUUCAUUUU